AUGCAUCUUUUCGGCGUUUUCCUAUUGGUUAUUUGCGCUGUUUCCGUGGUCCAAACUUGUCCUCCAUCACAAAUGUCAGGAGAACAAGGACAGCCAGGACCACCAGGACGAGAUGGUCGAGAAGGACCUGAAGGACCGGUGGGAAGACCAGGUAAUAUUGGACCGAAAGGAGAGCAAGGAGUCACAGGACCACGAGGAGAGCAAGACUUGUCCUCCAUCACAAAUGUCAGGAGACAAGGACCGCCAGGGCCACCAAGACGAGAUGGUCGAGAAGGACCUGAAGGGCCGCUGGGAAGACCAAGUAAUAUUGGCCCGAAAGGAGAACAAAAAGUGAUAGGACCACAAGGAGAGCAAGGUGAGGCAGGUGGUAAAGGAGCACCAGGGUCAAAAGGGAUGAAAGGUAGGCGAGGAUCAUAA